AUGAAGCGAUACCAGAAGGUUAGGCUUCCAAAGACCACUACCACUUCAUCGUCGGUGGAGCAGCCACAGCCGUGGGUGCGUACUAUCUACGACGACGUUGUUGAGAUCGUGACACCGACGAUCAUCGGUGGUGUUACCUUCUUUGCUAAACCACCAGCGGAUACUGGUCUACCUCAGCCUUGGAUCUCGCUGAACAAGAACGGUUCUCCAAAGACAAUCACGCCGCAGCUGAAGAACGGUAGAACGAAGAACGCGUCGCCUACGUACUCCACGUACUUCCAAACCGCAACAACAAUAACGUACGGGUACGACGAUCUCAAGGCCCACAACAUGGACCCAGGCGCUAUCCACACCGAGGUGGAGUGGAUCCCUGAGGAUGGCACCUAUGUUGAUCUGAAUCCUCUUGUGAGAUGUACGCCUGAAUUCUACAGAAAGCAAGGCAUUGCCCGUGAUAGAUCCAGUGAACCGUUCUGUACACCUUAUGAGAAGACCGAGUUGGCGAUGGGGAAGACCUACUUCAUCACCUGGUACACGAACUUCUUCCAGCCACACGAGGAGUACGUCCGUCUACACUUCACCUACGUCAAGGAAAGUCUCAUGGAGAAGGGCAUGAAGAAAAGAGACGUUGAAGGUGCGUUCUUCUCGACACCUUGGAUCGAAAACCUCCAUGGGUUUUAUGCUUUUGAAAUCCAAGAGGAAUGGUUGUUGAACGACUGGAUACAACCUAUUGCAGUGUCUUUACAACCAAAGAGCGUCCCUGAUGAUGAGUUUGACCUGUUGAAAGACGCAACAAUGUUCAAAAUUGCCAGAGGUACUAAAGUCAGUAAAAACACAAAGGAGAUGAGAGCUCGUCAAGAUCAAGGUAUCAGCGAUGAUACUUGGUACUACGUGAUGUUGUCUGUUCCUUCAGUGAUUUGCGUGUCUGCAUUGGGUAUGUACUUCUUUGUCUGGCUCACAAGAGGUGACCGUGAUAUCUCUGCCAUUAGAAGACAGGUCUACAAACAACAGCACAAGAUCCUGGGUAAGUUCAAACCUUCGAGCAAGAACAAGAAAUACUCAGAACUACCACAGUUCGACAGACGUGGUGGUCCAAAGCUUUCAUAA